AUGGGCGAUUUUGUUGUACAAUUAAAAGAUUUGAAUAAACCAUCAAAUUUUGAUUGUUUAAAGGAUAUUGAUCAAUUGCUCGUCCAUCAAAAGGUUGAACUUCUUGAGGCUCUUUGUGGAUUUGAAACAAAUAAUAAAUACCAAAUUCUAAAUAAUUCUGGUGAAAAGCUUUGGAACGUUAAAGAAGGUCCAAUUAGAUCUUUUGACUUAAAUUUAUUCGAUGAUCAAAAAAAUAAAAUUCUAAACAUAACCAGGCCCCUGCGAUGUCAAUCUUGUUGUUAUCCUUGCUGUUUACAGCGAUGUGAGGUCACAUCGGCUGACGGGUCCGUGUUGGGUUACAUUGAGCAGGUUUGGUCUUUCUGGACUCCAAAGUUUAACGUUUGCGAUGCUACCGGGGAAACGGUUCUUCGUAUUGUUGGACCUUGUUGGACCUUUGGUCUGUGCUGGGAUGUUGAUUUUAAAGUUUAUUCUUGUGACGGUGAAACUCAAAUUGGUCGGAUCGCUAAAAAAUGGUCUGGUUGCGUGAAAGAAUGUUGCACUGACGCUGAUAACUUUGGUGUCUCAUUCCCGAUGGAUUUAGAUGUCAAUUUAAAAGCAGUUCUACUUGGAGCUUGUUUCUUGAUCGAUUUCAUGUAUUUUGAAGAAACGCAAGUGCCAUACCCACUUGCCUUUAUAUACGGAUUUCUUUGUGGACCUAGAUACACAUAUUAGCGAUAAAUACUAAUUCCACCAAUUUAACAUUAAAUUUUCUCAAUUCCAACCACAAUUUUAUUCAUUUUCAUGUUUUUAAAUUCUGAUAUUAAAGGUGCUUAAUCUGAAAUCUAAUCCGUU